AUGGACUCCUCGCCAGAAAUGGAACGUUUCGGAAUUUCUGAUGCUGACUAUGAGUACAUGUUAGAUCCUCUUAAACGGAAAAGAUUUACAUCAAAAAAGCAACAGAUUUAUGGUGUAUUUGCCUCUGACUCAGACUCUGAGGCGGAACCCACUGGAAUGGGAUCUGUUGCGUCUUUACACAGACGCAAGGGUGGUAACUACUCGGGACCUGUAACAUUUGUUAGCGGCGGAGUAAAGGUAAAUAUUUUUUAAAUACUUUUUUAACUGGGAGUUGCCACAAUCGCGUGUUUUUCCCAAACUUGCUUCGAUCGUACUUAACGACAAUUGUUGUUACCUGUUUUCACAUCUGUAACGUUUCCUGACUGUCAUGCGAAACAUGGGUUGAUAGGCCUACUAUUUGUUCGGACAAGCGUCACUGUCUCGCACUAACUGUUCCUCGCGGUCUACUUAAGUAGACUAUAGUAGAAUCUAAUUUUGUGACCCUAAAAGUUGGCGGUAUGGUGGAUCAUUUUCGUACGUUGAUCAGCCUUAUUUACUGCUGCUUCAUCUAUACACUAUAUAUACUGGUUGAUUUGCCAACCUAAACAUUGGCGUAUGCACCAUUGUACCUGGUUCAAGCAACUUUCACCAUAUUUUCUGUACGCCAUGCGAGGGCCAACAUUUUACGCGGCCAUUCCCGUGUCUUUACUCAACAGGAGGGAACAGCUGGUAAAACUGAUGACACAACUGUGGACCUGGAAAUAUCAGAUGAAGAAGAGGACAAGCAAUUACUGGCUUCAUCCAAGUCCACUGAACUAUCUACAGACGCGGAGAAAUAUCGGUCAAGUUCCCGUCCAUCCACCUACCGUGGCCGACGGGUGGCGACUGCUCUAGGGAGCAACAGUUCUGGUGGAAUUGGUUCAUGGGAGCGCCAUACUCGAGGCAUAGGUAUGAGGCUGCUGGAACAGAUGGGUUACGAGCCCGGUCGUGGCUUGGGCAAAGAAGGCCAGGGUAUUGUUACCCCUGUCGAGGCGGUCAAACGCGUUGGGAGAGGGGCUGUUGGCUCGAUGGGCCCUGAAGUCGUGGCCGCUCCUCGAAAGGGAAACGAACAGUUGCCUGAGGUUGCUGAAGAAGCCGACUGUAGGUUCGCCUUUAAAUUACCUUGUAAUGAACUCCUGUUUGAUGUUUUUAUUUCUGUAUUCCACCGCAGAUCAUUCCACAGCGCAUGGAUUUUAGUUCCUUUCCUCCUCAGUCAUAUUCCUUUUUGUCUGCGGAAUAACGAUCCGAAAUGAUUUCUGAUGGGAAUACUUAAUUAUAGUUCCAGGUUCACUUUCAAGUGUUUUGCUAGACCGUUAAGCUACUGAAAGUUGACGUCGGCCUCAACAUUUAUCCAUAAUUGCAAUUUUUAAGGUGCAAGUAAAAGACUCUUUAAGGUCGUGACAGCUGCUUUAUUUGCGCGACAGGCGAAGGGCCAACCUGUUUUGGGGAACUUCAGUCAUUUUACUACCGGUUUUCGGCUUACUCACCCGGUUGGUCAGUUCCAUCGAGUCUGUACCAACCAGUGUAGAACCAAACGUAUGUGGACGCACGAAUUUAACAUUGGCUGCCAUUAAAUAGCUGCCAUUUCCACCGUUGUUAAACAACGCUGGUGUAGACAAUUUGAACGAAGACUUGCCGGUCUUCAACCACUCACCUCCACUGAUAAUUUGUAAGGCAGCUCAUGAGACAUGUUCGCGGAAAUCCUGUUACCAUCCGUGCUGUGACGUCCACGCCAACCAUCAGGCCUCACAAUUCUCGUCACAUGGUAGUCAUAUAGAAAGCAGGCGGGAUUACUCGAUCAGGAGCUGACUCUCCCCACAGAUAUACAGAGAUCUCACGGUGUUCAUCGGCCGUUGUGUUCAGAAUGCACCACGGCAUGCAUCAUCAAUGCAAUGAGGACUUUUGCUUUCCGUUCCAAGUCUAUGUACCAGCCUGGUUAUUACCUGCAGUUUUGGCUAGUUGGGGACUGCAGGCAAGUCGCUGCUCCAUUGUCAGGCUCGGUUACUCAACCUUCCCAUUUCGUAUUCUUUUGCUUUGACUCCCGACCUGCAGGCCAUCCUACGCGUAUGGAUUGGUGUCGGUGGGGUGUUGUGUCUGACCGUCUUUCCAUCAUGGGGUUUGUAAAACCGCAUCUGGUAGUGUCAUUGCCGUGCCACUCAUCAAGUUAUUUAUCUGCUUCCGCACCAACGUUUUAGCCUGUUUCUGAUCAUAUUUACAGUAGGUGGGCUAACUCAUAAAACAUCAACCGCAGUUCCGAAAUGUGUUUUCGUUUCGAAAAGAGUAAUUAAGUAGAGUUGUAAAACUAAUCAGUGUGCAGCGUAAUUCCAUAAUUAUUCAGUUACCUUCGGAUGCCGGCUUUCGGACGAACUUCCUUCCGGCUGCUUGUAAAAACUAUAUUCUGCAAAAAAUGACUACUUAAGUAUCAUGCGUUGUUCCCAUUGAUUUUCGAUGUCCCUAAAAAUUCAACUAUAUUUCAUGGAAAAUAUGCAUAAAACUAUUCAUUCUUUUACUCAUUCGGUAGAAAAUUACGCCUUCUUCCAAUUUUACACCCGAAGGAAGGGUGUACUUAGGUUUUAAAAGAGUUUCUAAUUGUGAGAUUUUUCAGUAUCUUGAAAUGGCCAUUCAUAAGACGUCAUGUCUCAGCAUUUACCAAUGGGGCUUGUUAAGUUAGCAAUAUGGCAAAAACCCUUUGCUAAAUGUUAUGAACCCCAUAUGGUCUCCUCCUAAUCCCAUAGAGAAAUGCAUGGUUUUCCGUAUGUGGAAGAUACACGGCAUUUAGCUUGGAAACUCUGAAUGCUGUUGUAACUGCAGGUCGGGUUCAAAAUUAUUCGGGAAUUGGAAGAGUUUUUUAAAACCGAAUUAUACUCUUCUUUUGAGUAUAAAAUUGGAAUAAAACGUACUUUUCUACCGAAUGAGUAAAAGAAUGAAAUUUUUCAUGCAUGUUUUCCAUGAAAUAUAAUUGAAUUUUUAAGGGCAUCGAAAAUCAACGAGAAAAAUACCUGAUAAUUAAGUAAUCAUUUUUCACAAUGUCUAGUUUUUUCAUGCAGCCGGAAAGAAGUUCGUUCGAAAGUCGGCAUCCGGAGGUAAUUGAAUUAUUAUAGAAUUACGCUGCGCGAUAAUUAGUUUUGCAACCCUACUUAAUUACUAUUUUCGAAACGAACACAUAUUUCGGAAUUUCGGUUGAUAUUUCAUGAGUUAAGCCAUCAACUGUACAAUUACAGUAGAUGACGCAUCUCGUGAAAUAUUAACCGGAAUUUUGGAGUAUGUGUUUUUGCCAGGAAGGAUUACGUCGGCGGCUUUGUAAUGCUCGUUGUAAUGCAAAUUAGUCCGAAGAUAUUUCAAUCGCGCCAGGAUGCUGACUCGAUAAUGCGCUUCUUUCUGGCCACCCACAAAAAAUCACGUUCAUCAAAAAUGGCUACUUAAGUUGUGUGGAUGUUUCCAUUGAUUUUUACUACGCUUAUGACUCCAAAAAUAAUUUGUGAGAAUCUUAUAUAAAAUAUUCUUUUUUUACACAUUUAGUAGGAAAUUACGACUUCUUUAAAUUACAUGCCCGACGAACAGGUACCUUUCGUUUUAAGAAAGUUUGAACUUGAGGGUUUUAAGACUGAAAUGUCUAUUCAAUUAGUAUCUUAUCAGUCCAUUUACUAGCGCUGCUUUGCAGUAUGGUCCAUAUCCAUUGUAAAAUUUUUCGAGCUUUGCAUGACAGCUUCUUAAUAAUAGAAAAGCACACAUAAUUUUCCAUAGGUUAAAAAUACAUAGCUUGUAGUUUGGGAACCCUAAACGCAAAAGUCACUCGGGGAAUGAAAAACUGCAUAAGCCUGGAAGAUACAUUUUCUCGAGUACGAAUUUCAAAGAUGUAAUUUACUUAAAAUGCGUGCAAAGGUCUUUUAAAACUGAUGGUUACCCUUUCUCUAAGUCCGAAAUUUGAAAAAUGUAAUUUCCUGCCAGACGAGUACGAGAAAGGAAGCCUUGUGGCAUAUUUUUAAAAUUGCAUUUCAAUUUAUAAAGGCGUCGAAAGCAAAUAGAAGUAAUCCACACUACUUAAGUAGCAGUUUUAGAGGACGAAAAGAACUGCAUUGAAAAGUCGGAAUCCUGACGUGACUGAAAUAUCUUGUGGCUAUGUUGCAUUUUAGUCAGUAUUAUAACCACACCCAAGCAGUCCUUUUUAACAGGAAUCCUAUUUUAGAGUCUUUAUGAAAUGCGUCACCUACUGCACUCGCUGCCGACAGCAAUGAUGAUGCCAGGGCGCUAAGGUUUGUAAAGAGAUUCUUAAGGGCAUAUCGGGCUUUUCAGCCACUUAACGGCAUUUUCUGAGUAGACUCAACUUCCGGAACUCGAUAUUUCAGGUCAGCCUAUGGUAUUUGGGCCUCUUUCACUCCGAAUUUGCGCGAUGGUGUUAAAUAGACCUAAGAGUGAGGAACUUGUCGGCCACUGUUAGAGUGAAGCCGUGCGCCACCUGCAAUCGGUAUCUAAACUCACUAAUACUUUUGUCAACUUUGUUUAUUACUGGUAAGUCAAGAAUUCCUUCUGAACUUGGCUCCACGCCAUCCUAGACCGGUCUGUAGCCUACUUAAAGUAGUCAAACAAACUUACCCAAUAAAAGUGUUUAUAUUUGUCGUAGUUCUUGCAUUUUCGACACUGAGCCGAUGACAUUACCACCACGCAAACAACUAUAACUACGCCAUUUCUUUCGUUUCUUGUGGCGUGGCUUUUACUUGCGGUUUUAGUUAACAAAGCUGACAGCUGUAUUUUACCACACCAAUGCUAGACAUCUGGUUUCUAUUUCACUUAGCUGGCCUCCCACGAUACAAAAAGAAGUCGGCCGCGAAAGAAGCCGGUGGCCAAAAGCCUCGAGCUCGUAACACCGCCUUCCUGACGGCAGAUGAAGUUAUUGCACGCGUCAGUCCUGCUACACCGAUGGCUGCGAUUCGAAGCCUUGGUUCCGGUCUCACUAAUAGGUUUGUGUGAUUUCUUAAUUGUUGUUCAUUUUUAAUUUCUUAAUAAGACUAGUUGUUACCCCAUCGAUCACUUUUAAAAGACGUGGGCAAACAUCCUUAUUUGCGACUGGUUUCUGCUCUUUACUAUCUUAGCUUCACGACAUCCUUUUAACUGUGUGUUUUAGCGAACCUCUUACUGUUUCAAAAGUUGAGGGAAACCGGUGGUACACAAGCGUAACAUUUUUAAAAACUCGGACAUGAUUCCACGUCAAUAAAGCGCGUUUUCGAUUGUGAUACCUGCCUGACUGGGAAAAAUCGUACAUUCUGAAUAUCCUACGAAUGAGCUCUUGGGGGUGUAAAGCGUGUCCAGUGAUUUAUUUGGCGAAAUGUCCACCUUAACAAGGUUACUGGCGUCACGUACAUGCUGGAAUAUUUGCCCCACGCCUAGGCCCAGAGGUUUCUUCGUCCGAGUUUUUGCGACUUAUACUUUGAAUACUUAUCAUUUGGACGUGUUGACUUGUGUUCUCCUUUCGCAUUCUGAAACGACGCCGGAAGGGACUUUGAAAACGACCGUAGGCUUCAGUUGUCGUCUCAUAUGAUCAAGCCCACAGACCAAGAGAGUUCCACUUUUUCACUGACAGUUCGACCAUCGAUUUCGACAAUGUCCACCGUGUGCUACACAGCAGGGUGAGAGCAGACACGGUGACCUGUGCGUGAUUUCUUUUAUUGUGAUAGUAGACUUGCGCAGCAUCUAUCGCACUCUCUCCUCCCCACCUGGACCCGGUGUCAAUACAUAGUCAAGAGGACUGGAGGUGGGAGGGAGCGCAGGUAACCGGCACGACCGGAGCCGCCCCUAGGCGUGCCGCCGCACUCGACCCGGCUCCUAUUAGGUGGGAGUGUCAUGAAGGUCACAUUAAGAAGGAGCCAUUGCAGCCUGACUGUCAGAUCACCAGUCCGUCAUCCCGCACAAACACACACUGGGCCGAUUGCGAGGUCAAAGUUAUCCCGCCAGUUGGCAACCUUCCAAGCCACGACUUUUGGUGCACCAUCAUAGCUCCAACCGCGUCAGUUUGUUUAUAGUGAGGAAAAUGAGCUGAGUCAUCGACCUCACUCUAUUUUCCUAUGUCCAGGCCCCAGCCACUGUCCCAGUCGGUCAGUUAAAAGUCCCUUCCGAUCACUCAAUGAUUGUCUGUGUCAUAUAUAUGCCUUGGGUCCUUCUAUCCUAUCUGAUUGAGCACGAUAACUGACGCGACAUCGCAAUCUCCUCGGAUGACUGACACACGCGCCGAAUGUGGCGAAAUUGUCAUGCCUAAGUCUUACGAAUGCUACCACAACAGACCUUUUCUCCCAUCUGUGCUUUCGCUGUGCCUUAUUUGCUUCUGCUCCUUGUUUGCAUAACCAGAGUGCUCGGACGACCGCUUUAAACCUGGCGAAGUAUGUAUAAUAACUAGAAGUUUUAUACCACCUUCGUCUCGUUUUUACCAAAUCUCUGUUCCCCCAGAAGUCUUCAUCUCCUUCCACGAUCCAUAGUUUUGUUUUUUAGACGUUACUAUGACCCUUUCACCUUAUCCCCUUAUGCUCUUCUGUGUGCAGUGAACUGAGCAAGGUCAAAGUGAUUGACAUGACUACCCGUGAAAGGAAGGUUUACGACGGAUACGAAGCUGCUCUUUCCAGUUCUUUGCGCCACAGCAAACGACCGGAAAUUACGGGCCAGGCCGGUGGUCCCGAUGAAAGUGCCAAGCAACGUGAACGUCGCGUUGAAGGUCGUUUUUUUGAAGUCCCCGUCCUCUGCCACAACAUAGAUUUGGUUAUAAAAUCCACCGAAGACGACAUUCGUCGGCUUGACCGUGCAGCCCGAUUUGAGGAGGACAGAUCGGCGAGUCUCGAGCAUGAAAUCGAACGCCUAACUGAUGUAAGUCCUCUGUAUACCAUUUGUUAUAAACGGCUGAAAGCAAUCUCCUACAAAUUCAUCUUUUGCUUUGAUAACACAGCCAGACUAGUUGUACAGAACGAGACUCUGACUAGGUCGUUUUUCAGAGAGCACAUUUUUUCCAGGAAAUUUUCUGGCUAAAAGUGCCACACUGAAAUUUUUUCCGACAGACACUUAUGACCCUAGUCUUUCUUUCAAACGAUGGUCAAAGGCAAAGAAUUAACUACUUCGCCCAUGCAUGUUCUUUCUUUUUAUUUGUACUUGUACUUCGCACGGCUGCGAUCAUGCCCGACCUAGCCGGCCUCGAUUAUGUCCCCAACUGUACCUUUCCACGCGUGACGAUCCGCGGCAGCAGAUCUUGACAGUUCAACCCAUUCUCUUCGCCAACGACGGAAACUGAAUACCGAAGGUCCAAGAACCACCUCCAUGUCUUGACAAACUGUGUCGAGUCAGGCUUUGAGUUAACCCCCUUCUCGGCGCCUUCGAUGAGGUGACGAUGACGGAUCGAGGGCAGUAAAACUGAGCUCCUGAGGUGGACGGCGAAGAAAAUGCCCGAAUCACCUCAGUUGCCUUUCUUGGAUGGCCUGGGCUAUCCUUGUGAUGUUGUCGCAGCGAGCGCAAACUGGCUCAUUUGAGAAGAAGUCGGUAUAGUUCCCUCGAAGGAUGGUCCUCAAGAAGUUGUGGUCAAAUACCUCCAGUUUUCGCUCGUUCUCCACGCGCACAGUCCAGCAUUCACAAUCAUAAAGGACGGACCGGACAGAUGCACGGUACACGCGAAUCUUAGUGGCGAUGGAGAGGUUGCGUCGGAUCCAUGGGCCUUCUCUAAGGCUUGAGAAAACCCGUCGGGCAGCGUCAAUUCGGGAGACGAUGUCGUCCUUACUCUGUCCAUUCGGCAGCAGCUUCGCCCCGAGGUAUUUCAAACUGUCUACUUCUUCACGUUGACAGCCAUCAAUCCCGAGAGGCGCCUUCUCCUGGUCAGAGAUGCAGCUUAAAGCACUUUAGUCUUUCCAGCGUUUAUGGAUAAACCGACCGAUUUAGCGACCUUGUCCACCCGUAACACCAUAGACUGCAGAUCACCAAAGUCAAGGCAAGUAAUGAGAUACCAUCGGCAUAGUCUAGAUCAGUCAGUCGGUGUCCGGAUGCAAACUCGACACCGUCACCUUUGUACAGAACCCUCCCGAGAAACCAGUCAAUAGAGUAGUUAAACAGAAUGGGCGACAGGAUACAACCCUGCCUUCUCCGUCGGUUCGGGAUGUAAAACAGGACUGGAUUUCUCUGCUCAGGGCCUCGGCAGUGUUGAUUUGUCGGAUUUUUGCGCAAUCGAGGCGUCUAGGACGUGAUAUUUUUGGCGCCGAUGAGAUGUGAACUUUCAAGCGUAUACGAACGAGGACAUGGUCCGACCCAUGGGCGUUACCAGUCUCGGCACAACCCAUCGAUCUGCUAUCGUGAACCCAGAUGCGGGACCUUGAGAUGAGUAGUGUGUAGUCAAUCUGACUGGCCGUAUGACUGUCGUUUGAAUAACAGUUCAGUGGAUGUUCGUUGCUAUGCUGGAAGCACCUGUUGGUGACAAGCAGCUCUCGAUACAUCCUUGCUCCAUUACAACUUGAAACGCAAUCUAAAGUCCCCUCGGGCAGCCACACAAAGACAAGUAAUUAUAUAGAAAAAGGAGUAUCAACAAAGACAAGAGUGACUUGUGCCGGCCAUUUCCGGCUUACCAGGCGUCGUCAACCAGCCCUGCGCAACCACAGGCUUGCAGGACCUAGGAUUCAGAGCCAUGUCAUUAUGCGACUGCAUGCAAGGGCUUUAGAUUGAACUCUAAGACGGAACAGGUCGAGCGUGUCUCCAUGAACGCACUUCCACCACAGUUAAUAUUCCCGGUCACAACCGAAAGGACAAGGGGUCCAUAGUUCGCGUCCCAGGUUCUCCAGUUCUGGGACUGGGUAGGGCUGACUGACUGGCCAUCCCAGUCUCCCCUGUCUUGGUAGGUACUCCUCCUUCUGAAUGCAUUAUUGUUUGUCCUAGGACAGAAAAGUACAUAAGCUUGCGUCGGAAGUUUUGAAGCGGAAAGCCUUCAUCUAUGAAGAUAACACGCUUGUUCACACUUCCCUCGCCUGAUUUAGGAGGGCUAAGGAAGUCAUUUUCAAAUUCUCGAAGGCCGCUUUCAUAAGCAUUCUAUGACGCCCUCUGCCAAGGAUCAAGAGCCAGGUUGCUAUGGCUCCUUAACGUGGCGCCCAUGGCGCUCGCGCAUGUGAGGUCCAAGCCGCCCUCACGAAAGCCUGGAGCGUUCCGUGGGAACCAUGGCGUGUGUGGCACGUGGAGAUGGGCUGUUUAACUUUGUCGCCCGGGCCCGUAUCCGGUCGUCCAGAUGUUAGCUUAUAAGACAACGAUAAUACAUUAGCCUCACCGAACCCGUUUACUGCAUUCAGACUUAUGGGUCCCAUAGUCCAUCAUAUUACUUUCGGUCGCUGCUAACAUCAAAUCUACGCUGGUCGACUGACUGGAACACUUCGGUGAUCUUCAUUCAUAACGACGGUGCUGACCGCUUGUAUUUGGGGCUAACUAAAGUAAUAACCCAUUUUGUAUCUGCAAUGUACCCGUCAUCGGUAGUAUUCUCACGGUGACCGCAGGUUCGCCUGUCAUCGCUCAACUGAACGAAUGUUCGUCGUACCUAAUUAGAAAGUACCGCUUUGUAAACGGCCUUUGGUUCACUUUAUGUGUUUUGAUUUUGUGACAAGAUCAUCGCCACCGACUCUGCGCAGUUAGAAGUCCUGGACAAAGCCCUCGACCUUUUGGCUUCUUUCGAAUCUGCCCUUGCAGAGGCACGCCAGGUUCGCCCUAAUGCGGACGGCGAUGUUGACUUUCGUGAGACCUACGACAGUCUGACACCCGAGACCUGCGCAACUUGGCUAACUCGCAUCCGCCGUGACUGUGCCAAACUUCCUGAAUUGCCUUCGCUCCUGGCUGCUGUGGCCAAGCCUCUUCUUGAUGCUCUCCUCCUUAAAUGGAAUCCACUAAAGGCAUGUCUUUUUUUAUCUACCUUAGCAAAACAGAUCUUGAAAUGCAGAAGGUCUAAGUCGAUUAGCAUGUACAUUAGAUAUUUUUAAACUAGUCUGUUCCCAUGGCCAUAGCCGACGCGGCCAUUUUUCAUCUGAAAUUCCCUGUCCCCUUGGCUUUGAAUGAAUUAACUAACUCUUCUCAGCUUGGACAACCUUAUUGAUAGCUUUUGUUGCCUAUUCAAACAGGGAUACACUGUUCAAAGUAAUAUUGUUACGGAACUCUAAAGAACCUCAUGGGAAACGACCACACUUGCGCGAUCAAAGGGAAUUUUGUAAGACAAAUCUGGACAGUCUGACUUAUUAGCGAUUGAAGAGUCACAGUGCGUAUCGCCAAUUCUCUUCACCAAACAGAUGUGCUACCGUGACGACAUGAAUACAACAUUGAUGGGUCAUUAGUUCAAAUCUAUCAGAUCUGUUUUGUUUAUUGCUUGGGUGGGUGAAACUUCUUUUAACUUCUUGAGGCAUGAAUAUAAGCAAGGUCUGUCUGUCCGGUAGUGGAAGGCGUGGCCAACAUAUUGACUGUUUCCCCCGUCCUUGUCGCCUGUUUAAAGUAAUGUUUAAACUGCCGCUGACCAUGCUGACGCAAAUCGUGGAUGACAGCCAUUCGUCUCUAAAGGUAUCGGCUUUCUUUACAAUAUUGUGCAUGUAUGGCCGAUGUCGGUAGAUUUUCAACGAAACACGAUGCCAAAAGGAUCGUCGAACACUGUCAUUAAAUCCCUAUGAUGCGUUAUUUAAAUUACCUAGGCUUAGGCCAUGUCCUUCUGCCUUGUAUACAUCAGUCAACCCCGGAUACAUUACUUUUACAUGGGGUAGGGUAGCGAACCGCCAGCCAUCACCCACCCCCUGAGGGCAACUAGCAGUCAACACGAACUUUUUCGCAUUUGUUUCCUUUAUCUAAUUUAAUUGUUGGUCGCAUAUCUCAGGUUUUCGAUGAGAGCGUGGAACCUUCUGGCUUGAAGUGCAGCAUUUUCUAAGUACAACAGUUGGAAUACUAAUCACCGACUGCGCUUGGCAUAUAGUAUACAAUCCAGCCUUCCUCCUCUGGCAUUCAGAGUGCAGUUUUCUUAGAAUGGAUAACAUACAUUCAGUUACGUUCACUCCAAACUCUAUGAUUGCUCCUUUAGCUUUUUCCUUUUUGGUUAGCAUUGAUACCUUGGGCGACUUUUACUGAAUUCUGACUAGUCAAUUUUCAUAACAUGACUGAGGCCCAUUUUUUGGAGCAUUUUGGCCGGUUUUACCUUCGGAAAAAUGUACUAUUUGCAUUUGAGUCCAUCACAUCGAAUCCUCUUUGGUCUUAUCAUGUUUUUGUGUUUGAACUCCCAAGGUUAAAGUGCAAGUCCAUGCAUUUCUCCUAUGGUCUACGAAGAUUCCCGUUUCGGCGACUUGCAGCAAUUCCCUUAUCUUUCCACAUCGCUGCCUCGCAGUUUCGUUGAAGCGUGCUGGUUUCCGUUUCUUUGCUUCAGAACAUAUUUUAGUUUGAAAUCGACUUGUUGGCACAAGUCCAGAUAGUACUGAUCGCUUCGCAUUUUGACAAUCAUGGCCUAUCGUGAACUAUGCGAAAGUCUUGAGUCGCGAAGCACACUCUUUCCGACUGUCUGCUCGCACAAACGGAAGCACGCGUUUUCACAAGCUCUUCUGUUUGGCAAUGGUGUUUAACUCUUCCCUGCUCAUGCGCAUGACUUUCCCAUCGUCAUCGAUGAAUGUAGAUUAGACGGCCAGACUCUGGCAAAUUUCGGACUACUUCUGUCCGCAGUUUUCCACUGCCUCUUGUGCACUUUAUCCUAGAGGCGUAAACAUGGCUGCGCCCCCCCCCCCCCCACGUAGCUCCACCCGUCACUAAAUGUCGCUGUUGAUUUCUUGCCACCUUGUUUGUCUACAUGGCCUUUGUGAGGUGUUUAACCUUUUUCUCUCGUCUCCUGCCCUCCAUGCACACGCCCACCCUCAGAAUCCAAAGUACGGUCUUUCGGUAAUCCGAGACUGGCGAUCGGCUCUGGAGGAUCCCAACGCCUUCUCGAUCCUUCUUGCUACCAGUUGGCUACCGCGCCUCCGCCGGGCCAUUUCCACAGACUGGGAUCCUCACGAUGCGGAGGGCGUGCUCGCUGUGUUGGAGGCCUGGCAGUCCAUUUUACCGGAAAGUCUUCUACAAACUCAGAUACUAGAUGGCCUUAUUCUGCCGCGUCUACAAGUAAGCGAUCUUGGUUUUGCCUGUUUGUUGAUGAGUUCUAGAGUGAAUGUCCCCUCGUUAAAUCAUGCACAAUGCCGUCUACUUUAGUGAGGUUCGUUACUGUCUCAUCCUGUUUCCACUCUCACAGUCCGUAGAACCUUUCCAGUCUGGAUGUUUGUCACUAGGUGUCUAUUACUUGGUUCAGAAAGGGCCGAAGCGUGUGGUGCCCUUUCUCCACUAGUCACUUAUUGUCACAGAGCGGACUGGAAACCAUGCUCUCUGAAUUAUGGGCUUCUGAUUCCAUGUUUUUAAUCACCAGAUCGAAUAUUCACUAUCCACUAUAGCUCGUCCAUGGAAAUCAGCAAUGACAAUGCUGAUCAUCCUCCCACUGGAGUUCAAAAUUUCCGUUGUUAUUGUUACGGUGGAUGCCACGGUGUUCGCGGAACCUGACCCGGAUUUUGAGUACAAGUACACUGACUUCACAGAUGUGUCGGCACCGCGGUCUUUCACCUAUCCAACUACGUCAAUAGCUGGGUUCCAUGACUGCACCUCUAUGAGGGCUGCAUUUCGCACAGAUCAACAAUAGUUUUAGAAAUUUCAAUGUUUGGUUGCAUCGGUUGUGAUUUAAAUCGGUAGUGUGUCCCCUAGAUAGGCGAAUAUAUUCACGACCAUGAAGCAAUGAUCGUCCAUUGCUAGUCAUGGGCCUUCUACUGUGCAUAUAGUGCCGGCUUUCACAUAACCUGUUUUCUUGGUAUUACUAAUUCACCCACAGUUUGUAUAUCCUGAAACGAAGGGUUACCCUGCACUGUACCUCUUUCUACCUGUCAGUGGUGGUAGGUGACCCCGAAGCUUGGCUUCGACUGUCUUCUUGAGGGUCUACGAUUGACGCGCGCGGUCGGCACGGCGGUACCUGAUGUCAUUUUUAGCGAGUGUGACCGGCUGUGUAAGCAGUGUGGGGCGUAUAAGAUUGAUGAAAUGCUCUGUUGGUCUUAGCGAGAGCGCUCACUAUUAGGUCACUUUCCCAGCGACUCGCCAUGUCUUCGUGUGCAUUUUGCAUUCUGUUUGUCAGAUAUUCAUUAUUUUGUAGUCCCCCUGUCCAAUGUGUAUAAUAUCUUGGCCAAGUCAACGAAAGCCUGUGGGAUGUUGGCAGAGAUUCUUGACUCAUCUUUCUUAACAUCCUAAUUAAUUCCUUCUGUGGAAUCGAAUUUCGUCUGUUUUAGGAAUCCUUGUUACGUAACGUCGGGUCCUGGUAUCGUAUUUCUGCUUUUGAAAUGUGUCCAGCGAGAGAAGAACUCCCAUUUCGAUGCUUUCAACUCAACCUGUCUCUUCUACCCCUUUUCCAGGCCGCUGUCGAUGCCUGGGACCCUCUGACAGACACGAUUCCCAUCCACUCCUGGUUGCACCCUUGGUUACCCUGGUUUGGUGGUUCGGGACGUCUGACUCCCGUGCACGAGGUGGUACGACACAAGCUGGCUGCCUGUCUAACUAAUUGGCACCCCAGUGACGCUUCGGCCAACGCCGUCCUCCUGCCUUGGCGCAAUGUCUUCAGUCUCACUGAUAUGGCCAUCUUCCUUAACAGACACAUUGUGCCCAAGUUGGCGCUUGUCUUGCAGACUUUCCAGGUAUGUCUGUUGGGUUUUGCUCCUUGGGCUGUACCUGUUUCCACCUCUGAUGAACACUCAUGACUUCGAGAUUGCGUGCACGCGCAUGCCCACCACGCCCGCGGUCGUGCUCCUCAACAUGCAGGUAACCUCUAGAAAUUCCAUCACCCGCAGGAUUUCAGCUCUAUUCGCCCUGGAUUUUGAGGUAUAUCCGACCUAACGGUUUCUUCUGUUUUCCCUUUAUCUUAUUUUGCAGAUAAAUCCAAGCGAUCAAAAAAUGGAUCCGUGGAACUGGGUGAUGCGUUGGGUGGAUCUGCUUGAUCACGCAGUCCUGGUGGACCUUUUGGAGCGUUUCUUCUUCCCCCGAUGGCUCAAUGUCCUCUCCGGUUGGCUUACUCAGGCCGUUGACGCGCGCAAUCGACGUGCGCCAAAUGUUGGCCAAUUGUUUCAGGAAAUUGGUGCUUGGUAUUCGGGUUGGAAGGGCCAACUGCCGGCUGAAUUAGCUGACUACCCCAGCAUCAAGGACGCUCUCACCAAGGCCCUGGGGAUGAUGCAGCGGGCUAUGCGCGGUGUUGCGCCCCAGGUGCGUCACACUCGCGGUUUUAGUGUUGUAGACUGGCCUCUGGGGAACAGAGUACACAAAUUUCCUAAGGCCAAGGGUGUCACUUGCUUUGCUGUCCAGAGUGCACGUGGGCUGUCGGAAAAAAGUUAGUGCCAGUGAUAUACGUGAUCCUACCUAGGAGGGAUUGAGUUCUCUGUCCCCAUCAUUAAAUAACCGUAUGUCUCGGAGCAUACACGACAGAUGCGUUAUGGAUGGGUAUGGUCAAACAACCGGACUAGAACAGUGGGCUGUAGGCCUUCAUUUAGACUCCCGAAGACGCAUAACAUGCCAGGCCAUCCGCGCUCGCGUAUUAUGAUAUUUAAAAGUUAACGAAGUUCUCGUCACUGCUCUGCUUUCCCAGUAAUAUUUUUCUAGUCGGUGCAAUGCGCCAGUGGUGCGAAGCACAUUUCACACCCACUUACUUUGCUUCCAAGCCUUAGUUUUUUUUUUUAGGUUGCAAGCAUAUUACGGUUUUUUGGUCAAUACCAGCGCUUUUACGCUCUGCUAUCGUCGCCUCAUCUCUGUAGAGUUAACAUACCUAUGUAUGGAACUAACGUGCCUUUCCUCUGCCUGGAUUUAAAAUUUUAUUAGACUUCGUCUUCUACUAUUCAUUGACAGUUCAUUUCUGUCUCAUGACUUUCAUGCACAUCGAAAACCGAACCCAUGUCGGUUCCUUGUCAGAAUUGAAGCUGAUACUUCUGACGAUGUCAUGUUGGCGGUUGGCUGUUUGGUGUAUUGAUGUAACAGCGAACGUGGCUAAAAAAUAGGGCAUGAGAAAUCGCUUUUGGAGUUCGCGCACCAGCCAUAGUCUUUCCUGUUGCAAUGACGUGUCAAUCAACCCUGAGAACAUUUAGAUAUGGCGACGUAGACCUUGGCGCCGAUUUUAAGCGAUAUGACCCGCCGUGUCCUAACUAGCAGUUCAUGUGGCUACACGUCAAUUGAGGUUUCAGAAAGCCAGCAAACAUUAAAAGCCAAUCACUGUCUAUCAGGCUUUAAGGAUUUUGUGGAAAGCGUGUGAAGUGAUAAUGGAAAGUCAGUCGUAGUUAUGUUUAGAACCACCGUGGCCAGAAGUAGCAGUCAUGGGCUGCAUUCGGCCAUCUCCUUCAGUCGGAAAGUUGUGGUCCCCUAUUCUUAUUUAUCUCAUUUCGCCCCAUUCUUCUCAUGGUCGGAUUGUUCAUUCGCCAGAUUCAGCCUAUGACACCGUCACCGUAUUCUUUCCGAUGCGUUUUGGUAGCCCCAAUCGGUGACGGUAAGCGGGAAGGGGAGAGGUCAUCGGUUCUGUACUCAUCAUUCUUCUAUAGAAAAUGUUAUGUUAAUUACACCUAAUACAUUAAGCGCGCGUGCUUUCUAAGGUGAUUGUCUACUGUCAUGCGGAAGGUGCAGCGUUGUUUUGCCUCAUUCACGCUUCUGAGAUCAAAGGAAAUAUUUAUUAUCUGGGUGUUCCGCGGUUGUCACGUCAUUCCUUGGACUCAGUCAUAACCGAUAGCACGCGAGAAUCUGUCAGCGCGGGGCAGACCGUUUGAUUCGUAAUAAGGCAGGUUCAAAUCCAAACUGGACACGCCAGUGCUAGUUCGGUUUGCGCCAGUUUGGCCUCGCGUUGUCUCGUGCAACCGUAAAAACUGUAUGAUUGCAAAACCAUCAACCUUAUAAAGUGGGUGUUUAUAAAAGUCAGCAUGUGAUGUUCCGUCCGUCAGACGCGAUUAUGGCCACCGCAACUCCCAGAACACCUGAGGUGACUUACUCAUGUACUGGAUAAGUGUGUGUGGGUGAGAGAGAGAGAGAGAGAGCUGCGUAGCACCGACCCCACUGUCAUUCUGCACCAAAUUUACGGUAGCGAGGCAAGGUAGAAGUGACGGCUCUGGGCCGGCCUAGCCAAAGACUCUUCCCUACGCACGCCAGAGCACAGUUGGUUUCCUCCUACUGACUAAACCAAGCACACACGGCAGUUCGACCACCACAAACGACGCCAUAUAGUCGGCCUGCCAGGCCGCAAGACCAUCGUUUAAAUGCCAGAGCGGUAGAUGUUUGCAGUGAUGUUAAGAGCACCUUUCGAUUACAAACAAUCCGUUCUGUUCAGCAAAUUUUCGCAUUGAUGACCAGAGCCGAGGCGGUCAUAAAGGGGAUUUUUUGAAGAGUCGCUUGGUCCACUCCAGUCUGCACGAGCAAUCAACCGAUUGUGGCAGAGAGGCCUUUCAGCAGGUUCUUGCAGCUCUGAGUAGGGUGCUGCUGUAUCGCACAGAUCGGUGAUUAUUGUUCAUGCGUCACAGAAACGUCAACGAUAUUGAUGGUGUCCCUCAAGUAAUGCCGUUCUUGGUUGGUUUCCCGCAAACUAUUCAUGGCUUGCUGAUUACGAGAUGGCCAUCGUCACACCGCGCUUAGAAAAGUCGCACUGAAAGUUGUGAAAAGAGAGAACCUCGGACAAGCGGGAGUCAUCCAUGUGCCGAUGAGGACUGCGCGCCGUCGGACUUUGGAUAUAAGGCUCGGGGAACGUUCGUACGUUCCAACGGUCAUUGGUAGGGGUCCGUUCCUGUCAGAGUAGUCUAGCUCGCAAACUUCGCUGCACAAUUGGGCCGGUAUGGCAGAGCGCAUCGGUCCCAGCAGGUACCAAAUCGUAAAUUUUAAUAGCCUUCUUAGAGAUGCCAUGUAAGGUUUUCUACGAAUUUUCCAUACGGACAAAUACCCAGCAGCCUCUCCUCGUGCUUGCGUGGGUUUGUGUAUAGCGCUUCAGCUAAGGGACCUGACCACAAGGCGACAGUAGUAAGUGAACUCACUUAAUGAUGAUUUACGGUUGCCACGUCACAUUGCCUUCGUCGAGCUUCGUGGCGUAAGUCAGUCGGCUAGCCAUACUUCUGCCCCCCUCUCCCCCCAGCACUUUGGUAGCACCGUCCGUGGUGGUCUGCGGCUGUUGUCCGUCACUGAUGGCUAUUCUGCUGUCCGCCACCCAUGGACGCGCCAGAUUACCGGGAGCUAGGCUAACAGGCAGGCCCAGCCAGCCUUCCUUAGGCAUUGUCUCAUACCAUGCAUGCAUAUGUAAAGCCACCAAACAUGUACGACUAUCAGCCUGGCCGCUUAAAUCUUCGUCCGGCCUGACUUGGUAGCUCUACUGUCCAACUUGUCUCCGAAUAUAAGAACGCAAGUAAGGAUACAUGUGAAAAAAGUGGUAGGAAGGCCGCUAACGGUGAUUGAAUGCUGUCCGGGUGUUCCAGGUCAACAUGCAAGAGAUUACUUACCUCUCCAAGGGUUUUGCAAACUAGACCUACCGUCUUUAGUCUUUUUUCUUUAAUUACAAGAGGCUUUACCAUCUUAUCUCUGUACUGCCGUAAGGAAUCCCCGGCGACGUUCGUCCCCCCGGUCGCCGGCACCUCCCACGUGAGCAGCACCUACUCUUUGCCGCCCGGUCUCCGGCCUGUCGCCACACCGUCCAGUCUGAAGGAGCAAGUUGAGAACGCAGCCUCUCAGAGAGGCCUCCUCUACCAUCCAGUGCCCAACAGAUUCUACGAGGACAAGCAAGUGUACCGUCUGGAGAGCUUAAUGAUCUACUUCGACCGCAACGUCGCCUUCUGUUACAACAGUUACGAUAGUGGUUGGCACCCGAUAUCUUUUGCCGAACUCAUGUCCAAAACUGGGUGA